AUGAGAGCCAACGUCUUUGACGGCGACGGCACCCCCACUCUCAGGCAAAUUCCUUUGAAAACAUGGACCGGAUCGACCCGUAAACACCAUCUGACUUACCGCGCCUGGAGAAACACCGGCAACGACAAGUUAUUCAACGCUUACCUUGAGGUCCAAGUUACCGGCAAGGCCAGCCUCUUUGUCAACUUUGGUGCAAAAUCAGAAAAAGGCAACGUGGACCCGGGUCUGUCGCGUAUUGACAACGGCUUGGCUGUUGGUUCUGGCUCAAACCCCUACCCAAGACGGUCCGGCUUCAGCAUGCUCGUUGGUAAACUUCAUCGCAAUGUCGACUGGAGCUUGAAAGGGACCUGGCGUAAGGACUUCCUAGGAACGAUCAUUUCUUCGCAACGUAUUAAUCGUAUUCCAGGCAUCUAA